AGUAUAAGAAAUCCGGCAUGUGACCUCCAUUGUUCUCUCUCUCUCUAACAAUGUCUGCUAAGUCUCAGAGAUCCUCCACAAUCUCGCCGUUACGUUCUCGGCGAUCGCCGGCGGAUGCUCCACCGAGACGGCCGGCGACUCCAUCCUCUCAGUUCUCCGCUUCUCCGACCACCUCUUCCACUCCAGUUCCAUGCUCCGCCGCGAGUCCGUCGAACUCCUUCAGCGACAGGUCCUUCGCCGCCUCUCCCGCGGCUGUUACGGCGAAGCCGAAGGAAAAUAUUACGGUCACGGUUCGGUUCCGUCCUCUCAGUCCUCGGGAGCUCAAUAAUGGAGAUGCUCUUACGUGGUAUGCAGAUGGGGACUAUACUAUACGGAAUGAGCACAACCCUUCUAGUUGUUAUGGUUUUGAUAGAGUAUUUGGUCCUGCAACCACUACUCGCCGUGUUUAUGACAUUGCAGCGCAGCAUGUUGUUAGUGGGGCAAUGCAAGGGAUCAAUGGGACUGUGUUUGCUUAUGGUGUUACUAGUAGCGGGAAGACUCACACGAUGCAUGGGGAGCAGAGGUCACCUGGAAUCAUUCCAUUGGCAGUGAAAGAUGUUUUCGGCAUUAUUCAAGAGACACCAGAACGGGAAUACCUUCUCCGUGUUUCAUAUCUAGAGAUUUACAAUGAGGUCAUCAAUGACUUACUGGAUCCAACAGGACAAAAUCUAAGAAUACGAGAGGACUCUCAGGGUACCUAUGUGGAGGGUAUAAAAGAGGAAGUUGUAUUAUCCCCAGCGCAUGUUUUAUCUCUCAUUGCCUCUGGAGAAGAACAUAGGCAUGUUGGUUCAAACAAUGUCAAUCUUUUUAGCAGUCGGAGCCACACAAUAUUCACCUUGACCAUAGAAAGCAGUCCACAUGGAAAGGGAGAGAAUGGAGAAGAUGUUACUCUUUCUCAAUUGCACCUUAUUGACCUUGCAGGAUCUGAGAGUUCUAAAGCUGAGACAAGUGGAAUUCGAAGGAAAGAAGGCUCCUGCAUCAAUAAAAGUCUACUUACCCUUGGCACUGUUAUUUCUAAACUCACAGACCCCAAGGCAGGCCAUAUUCCUUAUCGGGAUUCAAAACUUACACGUCUCUUACAGUCAACACUUAGUGGCCAUGGACAUGUAUCACUCAUUUGCACCAUCACACCUGCUACCAGCACCAGUGAAGAAACACACAACACGCUGAAAUUUGCUCAGAGGUGCAAGCAUGUUGAAAUCAAAGCUUCUCGAAAUAAGAUUAUGGAUGAGAAGUCGCUUAUAAAAAAGUAUCAGAAAGAAAUAUCGUGCUUAAAAGAGGAACUUCAGCAACUGAAGCAUGGGAUGUCCACGUCCAUGUCUAACCAAGAAGAUUUGGCCAAUAUAAAUCUCCAGCUCGAGGCCGGUCAGGUUAAACUUCUGUCAAGGCUAGAGGAAGAGGAAGAAGCCAAAGCAGCUCUAAUGGGAAGAAUUCAGCGUUUGACAAAACUGAUUUUGGUUUCAACAAAAAAUUCUAUGCAGUCAAGUACUGCUGGAAAACCUGCCUAUAGAUGGAGGCAUUCAUUUGGAGAGGAUGAGCUGGCAUAUCUGCCAGAUAGAAGACGGGAGAAUGCGGCCAAUGAAGAAACCGGAAACUUAGGCCUUGAAGAUUCAAAAGAUCGCAGGGACGACACUAGCCAUCUUAACCAGACGGCUAAGGAUCUGAAAAGGAACAAGAGCCGUGGAAUGCUUGGAUGGCUAAAAAUGAAAAAAACUGAUGGUUUGUCUGGAAAUUCACCUACCACUGAUAACCAAAGCUCUGCAAGAAGAUUUCCUACAUCUUCCACUAAAAGUUUGCAAACAAAAUCGUUCAGUAGAAGAAGGGAUAAUCAAACAACUAUCAAGUCUUCUCCGGACAGAACUGUUGAACGUGACUUGUUUGGUGCACUUGUUGAAGCAGAAGAUACCGCUCUGACUGGAAGUGCUAGUGUCGAUCAAAGGGAUCUUCUUCACGAGCAGAUGAAAGUUUUAGUCGGAGAAAUAGCAUUGAACACCAGCUCAUUGAAAAGGCUUUCAGAUCAAUCAGCUAACAAUCCCGAAGGUUCCCAAAUCAGAGACCAGAUGGAGAAGCUGGAAGACGAAAUCCAUGAAAAGAAGCAUCAGAUUCGCGUUCUCGAGCAACAGAUGAUUAGAUCUUUUAGUAUGACCCCUCAUACCAAUAACCCUCAUGAAAUUUCACAGGCUCUCUCCAAGCUCACUACGCAACUGAACGAGAAAAUCUUUGAACUCGAGAUCAAGUCUGCAGACAAUAGGAUACUUCAAGAGCAGCUGCAGAUUACUAAAUCAGAGAACGCUGAGAUGCAAGAAACGAUCAUCCUACUAAGGCAGAAACUCGAUUCCCUAACCGAGAGAAUAUCAUCAUAUCAACAUCCUCAGCAAAAUCCAGGAAAUGGAUCAUCAGUGAAGAAUUCUUUCAACCGAAACAACGAAGAGCUAGAAAUCUAUGUCGAUGCAGGAACACCGACAAGCGUUAUGAGCUUAAAUAGAAUAUUUUCUCAGGAAGAGACCAAAGAGAUUAAGGAUGAGACAACUCUAAGUCUAAACUCUCAGGCAAUGGAUAUAGAGAAUCUGAAGAAGGAGAUUAUGAGAUUGGCCGAGGAAAAAGAUGAACUUGAAGAACAGAACAAGAAACUCACAGAAGAAGCUUCUUAUGCGAAAGAGUUGGCUUCUGCUGCAGCACUUGAACUCCAAAACCUGGCAGAAGAAGUUACCAGACUGAGUUACGAAAACGUGAAAUUCACGAGCAAAAGUUCCAUGUCUUGCAGCUUCGGACAGAACUCCGGCAAUCAUUACUGACCUAACGCUGUUCAGACAAGCAACACAUUAGUAGAAGGUUUGCAUCUGGAGGAAACACGAAACAAAAAGAAAAAAAAA